CACUAGCUAGUCUUCUCAGUAUCUUUGAUUCUUCUCCAAGGCGCUAAGGUAGGUAGCCGGCCGGCGAGCUCGUCAUGGACGGCUGCAGCAGCUGGUUGCCAUUAUUCCAAGGCAGUGGAAUUGGCGACGCCGUAUCGAGCAGGAGUGGCUCGGAGGUGCAGCAGAAACAGGAUCUGCCGAUUAGUUCGCAAGUGGAGGAGCAGCUCCAACAGUUCUACUUGCUGAUGGACAUGGAGAAAAAUGGACACCCAGAGCCAGAGGUGGUGGUGCCCUCGUCGGAAUCAUCCAUUUUCCCCUCCUUCUCUGGAAGUCCUGACGAGACCUCGUCGCUCAUGCCAUGGAGCGGCAAUGAUACUACUGCUAGUAACUAUUGCCACCACCCGGCAGAGGUCUCCCCAGCCACCUACGGCGGCGAUCGCCGCGAUGACCACCAGUGCUAUGGCAACCUUGACACGAUCCUAAACCUGGACGAAUUCAAGUGCCAAGAUGCUCACAACGGACGAGCGCAGCACAACAACGGCCAUGGCGGCGCGUUCAUGCCCUACGUUCGCCACCUCAGCCCGAAGAAGCAGCCCAAUAAGCCAGGCUCUGGGGGCCAGAGGGCGAUCAAGGCGGCCAUAUCAGCCGUGGCACGGAUGCACAUGGUCAGGCUUGCCCAGUGGCGGCAGUGCGGCUACCAGAUGGAAAUGGCAGUAGCUCUGCCCACCGGCUGGAGCAACAACUGCAACCAGCAGCAGCACGUUUUGUCGGAGCGCAAGCGCCGCCAGAAGCUCAACGACAGCUUCAAGGCUCUCAGGACAGUGCUCCCCCCUGCAUCAUCUAAGAAAGAUAAAGCAUCCAUACUGAUCAGAGCAAGGGACUAUGUGAGCACUCUCGAGUCUAGAGUGUCUGAGUUAGAGAAGAAGAACAGGAUGCUAGUAGAGUUGCAGCACCUCCGCAACAACGGAGGCGAUGUUUAUGACAAAAAGAUUGAGCUCGAUAUCGAUAUCGAUAGAGAAGCAUGCGCGGUAAAGGAAACAUCACAGGAAUUUCACCUGAAGAUAAUGGUAGGGUCAGAGUGCAAUGCCAUGGAUGCUGUAGUUAGUAUACUUGAGUGCCUCAAGGAGAUAGGGGACGUGAGAUUGGUAGCCAUGGACGCGGUCAGCAGAGCCACCACCUUAACAUUACAAAUGAAGUCUAGCAGAUGCAAUGACAAUAUCCUGAAGGAAUAUGUAAUAAAGAGUGUCAAGGGUGCCAUGAAGUCAAAGACAGAGACAAGCUAAUUAAGCUUUUCUACGAUCGAUUGUUCGGUUCAAAUGGGUGUCAGAUUGAAUUUUGUGGUUUUUGACAAGACCAAUUAAGCGCGGUGACCAAGUAUUAAUGAAAAUCAACCAAAAUGUCAAACGUAUCGUUAUAUUCAAGGAGAUUGAUUUUUUUUAUAUCAUUGAGUCUUGAGCUGAAUGUGGAAGUCAAUGGACUAACCAAGAAAAAGCUCUUAUAAAGAUCUUCAAUUUUGAAUCGUA